AUGACUUCAAACUAUGCAUCUAGUCUAAACCACAUACCUCCAAUGAAUCAUGAUGCAUAUGUCCAGAAACCUCGAGAGGAGAUGGACCUUUCCGAAUUGUAUCCUGACUUGGAUGAGUCGCUGCAAAUACCGAUCUUCUUUAUCGACUACCUGAAUGAGGAUCAAGAGUAUGGAAAUUUUAGCGCUGGAAAAACUCAGCAAUUUGCCAAUGGAAAGAGCAAUACUUCGGCAAGUGAUGGUCAAAUUACCAAUCUAAAAGCACCGGUAUUUAAGAAGAUUCAACCAACGGUCCCCAACCCCAAUAUCAAGUUUAACAAACAACUUCUUGAAUAUGGAUUUCAAGAGCCUUCAAAGGGCAGCGGUCGCAAGGAGAAGAACACUUAUAUACGACAGUUUGAAAUACCGACUAGUAUAGUGAAGCAAAGUGACAAGAUUGACGAGGAGACAAUUAUCAAACAGUACUUGAACAAACGACAACUACUAGUGGAGUAUGACAUGGACGAGCAGGAUACGCUUUACCUACAGGAUAGGAACAAACAAACCAAAAAUGUUAUUAAAAUCACUCCAGAAGUGUUUGAGACGAUGAUUACUACGUUGGAAGAUGAAUGGAGUAAACUUGAACAUCGAAUGAAUAUGUUGACUAAUACUGACGGCCAAAACAACGGACUUGAUUCAAACGAUAAAGUAUUAACAAUGGGACAUAACAAUUCAAAGUAUGGGAAUGAUGAUGGAAUAGAGCCUGGGUCUAUCUAUGAUCAAAGAUGUGCUGUUUGUAACGAUAGUGAUUGUGAUAAUUCUAAUGCCAUUGUAUUUUGUGAUGGAUGUGAUAUUGCUGUGCAUCAGGAAUGUUAUGGUGUGGCAUUCAUCCCAGAGGGACAAUGGCUCUGUCGAAAAUGUAUGAUUAACAAGAACAAAGUCACUCAAUGUGUUUUCUGUCCAAGUACGACGGGAGCUUUCAAACAAUUGGAUAAUAGUUUAUGGGGCCAUGUGGUAUGUGGAUUAUGGAUAAACGAAUUAUAUUUUGCUAAUCCGGUAUACAUGGAGCCCAUUGAAGGAAUAGAGUCAAUACCAAAGAGUCGGUGGAAGUUGACGUGCUAUAUUUGUCGACAAAGAAUUGGAGCUUGUAUUCAAUGUACAAAUAGAAGUUGUUUCCAAGCUUAUCAUGUUACAUGUGCCAAGAGAGCUGGUUUACACAUGGAAAUGACGCAAGGUGUAAAAGGUGCUUUGAGCAAUAAACUUACACUAAGAUCAUUCUGUGAUAAACAUACACCACCAUCCGAACUAGAUAUACUCCCUACAAUUCUUGAAGGCAUUGAAAAGACGAGACUUUACUAUAGAGAUACUAAGUUAUUGAAUGAACAAAAUGCCAAGUUAAGUAGUGAUCAAAAAGUGGCAAACAAAUUGAAUAUAUUUAAAUGGAAAACUGAAUUGAAUACCCCAAUAGCCCCAAAAGCAUUCAGUGAUAAAUUAGUUGAAUUGAUGUACUCAUUAAAAGUUGAAAACCAAAUCAAUCUUCCUGAAGAAUCAAUGAAUCAAGUAUUGGAAUUGAGUGUAUUACCAAACCGUACAAAGGAAGAAAUUCAUCAGGAUUUAACUUCAAUUGCUAAUGAAAUUUGUCGAUAUUGGUGUUUAAAACGAGAAUUGAAGAAUGGGACGCCACUAGUGCGUAAAAAUAACGAUUUUAAUACACUUACAAUUGGAUCUGGUGGUGGGUCAACAACUUCUGGUUCGUUAUUGUAUGAUUUUAAUAAUUUAGAACAAAGCCGUCCAAAUGAAUCACAAAUGAAUGACAAGAUUAACUUUGGCAAUGUGUUAGUUAAAGAUUUGAGAAAAUUAAUAUCAAUGAAUCAGUUAAAUACUCAACGACAAGUUGUUGCUAAAGAAGCUGAGGAAUUGUCGUUGGACAUUGCUGAAAUAUAUUAUUUCCCAUUGAGUGAACUGAUUAAGACGUUGGUGGACCGAUUGAAUACCAAAUUUGAUCCCAAUUAUGUGAUUUUGAACUAUCUUCCUAAAUCCUCCACCUCGCUGAGUCCUUGCAAAAGUUUGAAAGUAAUCAUGGAUCAUAAUGAACAUAAUGGAUAUAAUGAAUCACAACAAUUCAAAUCCGAUAUAGAUGAGCUAGCUACCACUAUAUGGAAAGAGAAUAAACCAAGUUUCAAUGUGUAUAAGAAGAUGAAAGUGUGGAAGAGAGAGUUUGAUAAAACGAUUGCUAAGCUUGAAGCUAGAGGCAAUGUUUUCGAGCCAUCGCAUCUGCCAACAUUUUCUGCAGAUGGAUUGGAAGUCACAAUCGAAAAUGCGGGUGAUAAAAAUUUGUUACAGUACGCAAAUACUGAUGGGCGAAGAAAUCAUAUGUUGGACACAUUUCAAUGGCAAGAUGUUGAGAUAAGUGAUCUCAGUGAUGUUGAAUACGAUGAUUCUUGCGAAGCCCAAUUGGAGGAGUUCUUAAAGAGUUGA